UCGAUAAUUAUUUAACAAUGUUUUUUACAUUUAUGAGACUUUUAUGAUGCGAAUGCCAAGGCAAGGAAACGGACUCUGCGCAGGGAAAAUUAUUAAAAUUUAAUAAAUGGGUAAAAGUAAUAAGAAACAGAGUAAAAAUGAAAAAAAGAAACGAAGUAAAAAAAGGUUUUUAAAAAGAAAAACAUAUCAAAUUUUAACCUGGCUCCCUACUUGCUUGGAAAACUCAUGAGUUGACGGUGGAGAGAAGAACAGAGCCGCCUCCCUUUGCUCUUUCUCUUCUUCUCCAAAAGAAAAAAAAAAAAAUCUAUGCUUUUCUUCAUCUAAAGAAACCUACAAGUUAAUACAUCAGUUCAGCCUUCAGACUCUGGAGAAGCAAUUUCUGAUUUGAUGGGGGCCUCAUUUGAGAUCAUGUUACGGGCAAAGCAGCUUAGUAACCUUUCUAGUAAUGCAAGGUCAUUUUUUCUUAGCGGAUCACGGUGUAGUACAUCAGAUGGUAGUUCAUGCACUUGCUCUGAGGAUGAAUCCUGCCUUCCAAGAAGGCAGCAAACAAGAAAUAAUGCUGUACUUGCACAGAGAGGACCCGCGUUAGUACCCAAAGCUUCAGCAAGGGUAUCACAAACUUCUCUAUUGGGAGAUGCUGGAAAAUUGUUGGUUCCUCACAAAGUUGAGAGUGUUGAAUGCCCAACUCUGCCGCAAGUUGUGUCUGCUCCAAUUUCUAUUAGGAAAUCAGAUUGUGUUAGCUAUGCUAGUGGCAUUGAUGCUGUCGAGAAUGAUAUUCCAUACUCUUCGCCUCCAAUUUCAGAUCAGUUUUUCAAAGCAGGUAUUGCGGCAGUUAGUUUUCUAUCUGAUUUGGUAAACUACAAACUUCCGAUAACUGAUGGAAGUGGAAUAAACUCACCUAAAAACUGCAUGGUUGACCCCACCAGGCCACAGUCUACUGUAAGAUCUUCAAAUGUGAAGCCUAUCAGGAGAGAGAACUGUUCUAAAGUUUAUCCAAAAGCAUCUCCAGAGGCAGCAGUGUCUUCCAGUACCAGUAACUAUGACAGCACAAGGGAUAAAAGUGAGAAAUCAAGUUUUAUCAAGGGUUCCAAACGUGUUUCAAAUACUCCUGCUGGUAAUUCAGUGAAAACUUGUAGCAUAGCUUCAGAUACAUGUGAUAGAAGGAUUAUACCUCAGAAAUCAAAAGGUCAAUCGAAUCGGUCCACCGCAAAUUUUAAUGCCAAUGUACAAACUGUACAGACUUCAGAUACAAAAUAUGGGGAGUACGUUGCUGAAGAUUAUAGAAAACCCCCAAGAGAGACUAAAAUGCCAGUAGUAAGGGUGCCAAGUACCAGACGUUUUGCAAGCAAUGGGCACAUUGUAGAAAAUGUUGCUCACAUACUGAGACAAAUAAGGUGGGGUCCUGCCGCAGAGGAGGCUCUUGCAAAUCUUAAUUAUUCAAUGGACCCAUACCAAGCAAACCAAGUGCUAAAGCAGCUUCAAGAUCAUACAGUUGCACUUAACUUUUUUUAUUGGUUGAAACGGCAACCUGGGUUCAACCAUGAUGGGCAUACUUAUACGACUAUGGUUGGCAUCCUUGGCCGUGCAAAGCAGUUUGGAGCAAUUAACAAAUUGCUUGACCAGAUGGUCAAGGAUGGAUGCCAACCUAAUGUUGUAACUUAUAACCGUCUUAUUCACAGUUAUGGUCGUGCAAAUUACCUGAAUGAUGCAGUUGAUGUAUUCAAUGAAAUGCAGAGGGUAGGAUGUGAACCUGAUCGCGUUACAUACUGCACACUCAUUGAUAUUCAUGCAAAAGCUGGGUUUCUUGACUUUGCCUUGGAGAUGUAUCAGAGAAUGCAAGCAGCUGGUCUUUCUCCUGACACAUUCACUUAUAGUGUUAUUAUAAACUGCCUUGGGAAAGCUGGCCAUUUGGCUGCUGCCCACAAGCUAUUUUGUGAGAUGGUUGAACAAGGUUGUGUUCCUAACUUAGUUACCUACAAUAUCAUGAUUGCUUUGCAAGCUAAGGCAAGGAAUUACCAGAGUGCAUUAAAGCUUUAUCGUGACAUGCAAAGUGCUGGAUUUCAACCUGACAAAGUAACUUAUAGUAUAGUUAUGGAGGUGCUUGGACAUUGUGGCUAUCUUGAUGAAGCAGAAGCAGUUUUUUCUGAGAUGAAAAGGAAGAACUGGGUGCCUGAUGAACCUGUCUAUGGUCUUCUGGUAGACUUGUGGGGAAAGGCUGGGAAUGUUGAAAAGGCUUGGCAAUGGUAUCAGACCAUGCUUAACACUGGUUUGCGCCCGAAUGUGCCAACAUGUAAUUCUCUUCUUAGUGCAUUUCUACGGGUUCACAAGCUAGCAGAUGCUUAUAACUUGCUUCAGAGCAUGCUGGAAUUGGGUCUAAAUCCUUCUUUGCAGACUUAUACAUUGCUCCUCAGUUGUUGUACAGAGGCACGCUCACCAUAUGAUAUGGGGAUUUAUUGUGAGCUCAUGGCCGUUACAGGACACCCUGCACACAUGUUCCUGCUGUCUUUACCAUCAGCUGGACCUGAUGGUCAAAAUGUUCGGGAUCAUGCAAGUAAGUUCUUGGAUCUGAUGCAUAGUGAAGAUAGAGAGAGCAAAAGAGGACUUGUAGAUGCUGUGGUUGAUUUCCUUCACAAGUCAGGGCUCAAGGAGGAGGCUGGCUCAGUUUGGGAGGUGGCUGCUCAGAGGAAUGUAUAUCCUGAUGCUGUCAAAGAGAAAGGUUCUUGCUAUUGGCUUAUUAACCUGCAUGUUAUGUCUGAUGGUACUGCUGUGACGGCACUGUCUAGGACGCUUGCUUGGUUUCGCCAGCAGAUGCUAGUCUCUGGAAUUAGUCCCAGUCGUAUUGAUAUUGUGACUGGGUGGGGACGUCGAAGCAGGGUGACAGGAUCUUCCAUGGUGAGGCAGGCAGUUCAAGAAUUGCUGCAUAUUUUCAGCUUCCCAUUUUUCACCGAAAAUGGCAACUCUGGGUGCUUUGUGGGGUGUGGGGAACCUCUCAACAGGUGGCUGCUCCAACCUUAUGUUGACCGGAUGCAUCUACUGUAAGUAGCAGCAAUUUAAUUCGCAUUAUUGCUGGAGUACAAUUUUGUUGCGGCAAGUAGAAGAAAUGAUGCAAUAUCAUGUAAAGAAUUAUGUAGUUAUGUUAGAGCAUUGACUUGUGUUGUUGCUGGAUCGGUCUUUUAUUGUUUGUCAUUUGUAGCUCACAACAAUGAAAUUUGUAAUGACAACAAAUAUAUAGAUUCAUUAGCUAGCAAACCAGGGUUCAAUUGCAUUAUAUUUCUCGCUUUAGCUGUUCGUCUUGGGGCCUUUAUCCUGUAUCUGCUUGCAGUGAAGUAAUAGAAAGCCAUUUUUCAUGGUA